AUGUCGCAGAAUAAUGUUGCUAACUGUCCGGUGUGCGAUGAAAUCGUCACGGUGAACAAUAAAUCAGUUUAUUGCUCUAUGUGCAAAGGGCGUUUUCAUGGUCCAUGUGUAGGGCUAAAAGAUGCAUUUUGUAAAGCUGUACAGGAAGUGAGGAAUCUCAAUUUUUUCUGUGAGACCUGUCUCGGCCAGUUCGAUGAUGAAGAUCAGAUAGGGGAUAGGUUGGCAGCAGUCAAUAAUGCAAGUAUGGAUGUUAACUUGGAUAAGAUGACCACCGUGUUGAAAAACACCAUAGUCGGAGAAUUAGAAUCCCAUAUGAAUAUUUUGAGGAAAGAUAUCGAAGUAUUAAGGGAAAGUAAUGUCGAUCUCGUAAGAUUGUUUACUUCAGUUAAUCCGCCCGUCGGUACAACUGCGGCGGUUGUCAGUCUUGAGAGCACUGCUACCACUCAGAAAGCUAUGGGUGUUUCAACAAAAGAUAGGACGAAGACCGCUGAUCCAACUGAGGUGGCUACAUCGAGUGCAUGGAAUAACAAAAGGACUGAACAAGCUAACAAGUCCAAAUUUCGAAAAGUUAGGCAGGGUAUAGCUGAGAAGCCAGUCGAUACUCAGAAUUUUCCGACCCCAAUUAAUGCGUUUGUAAAUUCUAAGAGUGAAUUAAUCAAGGGUAAGGGAACAACCAACCCGCUUCUACAAGCUGCCCCAGAAGGAAGAAAUUGGAUCUGGAUUGGUGGACUGUCUGAUGCUACUACCGAGUCAAAUGUUUUGUCUUAUGGCAAAGAAAAAUGGCCAGAUAAGGAGUUUUUGUGUUUUGACCUGAAGUCCAAAAGCAGGAGAAAAACGUUUAAAUUUGGCAAAACUUGGUUAUCAUCUGAUAUUGCCAAUUCUGAAUUAUUCGAUGAUAGAUAUUCAGUAUAUCGUAAGGAUAGAGAUUCAUUCACCAGCGAUAAAAAGAAAGGGGGUGGGGUUUUGGUGGCUGUUCAUAAAAGGGCAGCUUCCCGAAUCUUACUUCAUGAAUUUGAUGAUUUGGAGCAUAUAAUUGUUAAAGUUAAUGAAGGUAGUUUGUCAUUGUUGAUAUCAGUUGUCUAUUUUCCUCCGGGUAGUGAUUUAGCUUCGUAUGAAAGAUUUGGGGAAGAUAUUGAAAACUUGAUGGAUAAAUAUGACGCGCUUGACGUGUUGUGUUGUGGCGACUUUAAUCUGCCGGGCAUGAUUUGGGACAAUUCAGAAUCGAAUUAUGAAUCUGUUUGUUUAUCAAGUAAACAUAUGUUUUUGUGGAAUUUCUUGUCGUUCUUAAAUUUGCGACAGGUAAACGAAGUAUUCAAUGCUAAUAACGUUUUACUCGAUUUGAUUUGUACAUCAUUGGAUUCCAUCAAGGUGGAACCAGCCAUCGAACAUUUAGUCCCUUGUGAUAAACACCAUCCAGCGUUAUAUUUUGAAAUUUUUACCCACAACCGCUCCAAUUUAAGUCAGCCGUUGUUUACAUUUUUUGAUUACAAGAACGCAGAUUAUGAAUCAUUAAACAACUUUUUCAGUACUAUUCACUGGGAUGAUGUUUUCUUUAAUAUUGUGGAUGUCGAUUUGUUUGCUGAAAAAUUGUACGAGAUUAUUAUGAAAGGUAUUGACCUGCAUGUCCCUAAAAAGGUGUCGAGAUCUUAUUCAUUCCCUUGCUGGUUUUCACUAGAGCUUAAAGCUUCAAUAUUCAGAAAAAAAGUAGCACACAAAACGUACAAGAAGUUUGGCAGAGAAGAAGAUUAUCAAAUUUUUUCUCUUUUAAGAGAUAAAUGUAGAACCUUAUCAGAAUCUUGUUAUACCGAAUAUCUUAAUACAGUACAACAAUCUAUCAACUCUGAUCCUAAGUUUUUCUGGAAGUUCGUCAAUGAUCGAAAAACUGAAAAAGGCUUUCCAUCUUCUAUGUAUUUAAACGGUGUUGUUGCUGAUUCUGAUGGGGAUAUUGCGGAGUUAUUUCGGUUGAAUUUCUCUGAGAUUUAUAUAAAUUCACCAGCCAGAGAUAUUUCUUUUGUCGCGGACAAUACAGUGGACGUUGUAGAUUGCCCUUGUUCCUUAGAUGACGUUCGGAGUCAACUGAUGGCACUCUCGAAUCGAACUGAUUCCGGUCCUGACCAUUUAUCCGCUCUUUUCUUGAAAAAUUGUAGUGAUUCACUUUUGUUUCCCAUUUGGUCCUUGUUCAGAUUGUCUUUAGAAUCGGGAGCGUACCCCUCGUAUUGGAAACACAGCUAUGUUAUACCAGUUUUUAAGUCCGGGGAUAGCAGUGACAUAGAAAACUACAGACCCAUUUGUAAAAUUUCAUAUUUGCCCAAAGUAUUGGACUCUAUAGUUACAUCUCAGUUAACUCCAAUGUUCAAGCAAAUUAUAAUUAACGAACAGCAUGGUUUCGUUUCAAGAAGAUCUACCACCACUAAUCUUUUGGUUUAUGUCGAUAGGUUGGGUAGGGCGCUUGAGAAGGGGCACCAAGUGGACUCCGUUUAUACAGACUUUUCUAAGGCCUAUGAUAGAGUGGCCCAUUGGAUCUUCAAAUUGAAAAUCGAAUCACUCGGGGUGAGAGGGCCGUUAUUGAGUUGGUUGGUUGACCGAAUUAGGGGCAACAAAUUAAGGGUGAAGAUAUUCGAUGUUUGUUCUGGAGAGUUUGAAGCAAUAUCUGGGUUGCCUCAGGGUUCUUCUCUGUCUCCUCUGUUGUUUUUAUUGUUUAUUAAUGAUGUAUAUAAGGUUUUUUCAUGUUGUUCUUUUCUACUCUUUGCCGAUGAUCUGAAGCUAUUUCGGGAGAUUACUAGCUAUUCGGAUUGUUCACUAAUACAAGCCGACUUGGAUUCAUUGAUGAGUUGGUGUGAUAAGAACGAGAUGAAACUGAACAUAAAUAAGUGUAAAGUAAUGCGUUUCUUUCGAGGUAGGUCCCCAAUUGAGUUCAGUUAUUAUAUUUCGGGGCAAUUUUUGGAUAGGGUAGAGGUUAUAAGGGAUCUGGGAGUCUACUUCGAUUCCAAGCUUGAUUUUGUUUACCAUAUCAACUUAACCAUUCGGAAGGCUUUCAGAAUGCUGGGUUUCGUUAAACGAAAUACAAAAGAUUUUAAUGACAUCGAUGCUUUAAAAAAUAUUUAUAUAACUAACGUCAGAAGCAUUUUGGAGUACUGUUCUACUGUUUGGUCACCAUACUAUCAGGUUCACAUCGGUAAUAUUGAGAAAGUACAGAAAAAGUUUUUGAGAUGGAUAUGUUAUAAGCGGAGCAUUCCGUCUGGUGAGAUUGACUAUGGUUUAUUGAUGUCCGGCUUAUCCUUGAAAACUCUUCAGGAACGAAGGAAAAAUUUCGGGAUAAUGUUUGUUUAUAAGCUCCUUAAUGAUCUCAUUGAUUGCCCCUAUCUACUGGCAAGAUUGAAUUUCAAUGCAGUGCAUGUUAAUUUGCGUCACAGAGAUUUUCUUGUACCUGAGUUUCAUACCAGGAACUAUUCCUAUAACAACCCAGUGGAUAGGGCGAUGAGAACAUCUAAUGAAUCGGGUUUGGAUUUGUUGAAUGAGUCCCUAUUCGCGAUAAAAAGAUAUUUCAAUAAUUGA